AGCACAACGACGACCGACUCUAACAUCUCACGUGACCCGCACAGAGCUGAUCAUGUGACUCAGCAGGUUUACACUUUGCAGUCCACGGCUGAAGGACGUGUUUGUGGUUCAAGGCUGACUUUUUUCGUGUUGCCAUAUAAACGACGGUAAACAUGAGGCUGUGGGGGGAAACUCUGGGUUUCCUCUUACUGUGGACCUGUCUGGACUCAGCACAUUCACGGAGCUGCUCGUCGUUUUUCUGCCGAAAAUCUCACCGUGUCAGCGGCCUUCAUGGAGUCGACCCCGGUUCUCCUCUCUUUCUCACUCCUUACCUGGAGAGGGGCGCCAUAGAUGAAGCCAGGAAACUGAGUCUGGUGGGGCAUCUGCCAGGUGCAAACGUCAAGAGUUACGCCGGGUACCUCACUGUCAACAAAACAUUCAACAGCAACCUCUUCUUUUGGUUCUUCCCUGCACUCGAGGCAGGCCAGGAUAAAGCUCCGGUCCUGCUCUGGCUCCAAGGUGGACCCGGUGGCACAUCCAUGUUUGGUCUCUUUGUGGAACAUGGACCAUAUGUGGUGUAUAAGAACUUGACUGUUGGUUUAAGGGAUUAUGCUUGGACAAUGAGAUAUUCAGUUUUGUACAUUGACAAUCCGGUUGGAACAGGUUUCAGCUUCACUGAUGAUGACAGGGGUUUUGCUCAGAAUCAGGAUGAUGUUGGCAGAGAUCUGUACAGCGCUUUAACACAGUUCUUCCAGCUCUUUCCCGAGUAUCAGUCAAAUGAGUUCUAUGCAACUGGGGAGUCUUAUGCAGGAAAGUAUGUUCCUGCCAUUUCUUACUACAUCCAUAAAAACAACCCUACUGCCAAAGUGAAGAUAAACUUAAUUGGAAUGGCUAUUGGUGAUGGACUCUGUGAUCCAGAACUGAUGCUGGGUGGUUAUGGUGAGUUCAUGUACCAAACAGGCAUGAUAGAUGAACUUCAGAGACAGUAUGUGGACCAGCAGACAGAUCUUGGGGUUAAACUCAUCAACCAGCAGAAGUGGGUGGAGGCUUUUCAGGUUUUUGAUAGUUUGCUGAAUGGCGACGUGGAACCGUAUCCCUCCUUCUUCCAAAAUGCUACAGGCUGCACCAAUUACUUCAACUACAUGACGUGUCGGGAGCCUGAAGACCAGGAGUAUUUCUCUCAGUUUGUGACUCUCCCGGCGGUUCGACUUGCCAUCCAUGUGGGGAACCUGACAUUCCAUGAUGGCUCGGAGGUGGAGAAGCACCUUCUGCAGGAUGUCAUGAAGAGCAUCAAACCAUGGCUGGGGGUGCUCAUGGACAACUAUAGGGUCUUAAUCUACAGUGGUCAGCUGGAUGUGAUUGUAGCAGCCCCACUGACUGAGAGGUUCCUUCCUACCGUCAACUGGACUGGGGCAGCUGAGUACAAAAAAGCCCCACGCUUCCACUGGAAGGUUCAGCCCAGCGACACAGAAGUGGCAGGUUACGUAAGACAAGUGGGAGAGUUUUUCCAGGUCAUCAUCCGAGGAGGGGGACACAUUCUGCCUUACGACCAACCAGCGAGGUCCUUUGACAUGAUCGAUAGAUUCCUUUCAACACGGGGCUGGAUAUGAAAUGUUUUGGUGCCAAUCAAAGCUCAGCCACUUUAAAGAGAAUGUUGUUGAUUAUUGACUCUUGAUUUGAAAGAGUGAUUGUCUUAGCCAUCAUAAGUCAGUAAAUUGUUAGAUUUGAUUGUUAGAACAUGUCUUCACAAAGGAUUUUUUUUAAGCAGUUUUGGUUUAGGACUUUGGGCUGCUCUCUGAUGCCUUCAAAUGAAAUGAGUUCUCAUAGCCUGGAUCCAGACCUCUGAGUUUUUAAAAAGUGACUCAGUCAGUAAAAAUGAAGUAUGUUUAUUUCUGUUGGGAUUGUGGGAGGGGAUGUGUUCUAUUCAGUGACUACAUUUGAACAUGAAAUAUCAAGAUGUUGAAACCAGAGCUGAACUGUCUUAAAAUAAAAUGUUUUUUUUUUUCUAAUAAUCAGA